AUGAGUGAAUUGGUCUUAAUCAAAGAACCUCAAAAUAAUAAAUAAGCAAUAAGAGAAUUAAUUCUUCCUUCUUUAUAAACAGCAAUGAGUUUUAUCUUGGGAUACCUUCCAAAUACAAUUUCGAUAUACUUAAUUGAAUUUAAAGAGUAGGAUUCAGUAUUAGUAGGAGCUUUAGGAUUGGGUAUAUUAAUUACUUAGGCAGUUGGUAUGGGAAUUUAGAAUGGUAUUGCAACUGGUUUGGAAACUUUGGUGUCUCAAGCAUAUGGAGCAAAUCAAUUUGAAUUGUGUGCAAAACUCUAUUACAGAUCCUUAUUUGUAUGCACAUUAUUUAUGAUACCUAUAUCAAUAUUUUUGAUAUUUUCAACACAAUUGAUGUCACUUAUUAAUAGGUAAAAAUUUGAUUCACUUUAGUAACGAAUAAUUAGUAUAAGAAGCAGGAAGAUUUAAUAAAUAUAUGGUUGCAGCAGUAUAUUUAGAUGCAAUUUUUGUAAAUACUAAGGUAUUUCUAAAUGGUUAAAAUAUUUAUAAUUAUCAAUUUUAUACUUAACUAAUCUCAUGCAUAUUUUUUUUUGGGAUUAGUUAUUUUUUUAUUGUUUAAUAGGGAAUGGGAUUAAUUGGAUGUUCUUUAGGUUGGACAUGCUUUGAAAUCAUAAAUAAUAUACUUUUAUUUUCAUUCAUUUUUAUAACAAAAUGUUGUGAAGCUACAUUAUUUCGAUUUAAAAUUGUAUAUUUACAUAAUACAAUCAAAUUUCUUAAAGAAGCUAUUCCUAUUGGAUCUAUUUUAUUGUUGGAAUGGAUAAGUUAUGAUAUAUAUUUAAUACUUGUUAGUUAUUAAGAUGAAUCUAUUAUUAGUGCACAUGUUUUGAUGGCUAAUUUUGCAUCAUUCAUCUAUUAGUUUAGCUAUGGUAUUUCUAUUGCAUCCACUACAUUUGUUGGAAAUGAAAUGGGCAGAAAAAAUAUACAAAUGGCCAAAAAAUUUGCCAAAGCAACUUUUUUUAUUGUUACAAUUUUCUUAGUAAUUACUUUGGGAUCUUUCACUAUUUUUGGAAAUUAAUUAAUUGAAAAAGUAAGUCAUGAAGAAGUUGUUGUUUAAGAAAUAUAAGAUAUAUUGUAUAUUUUGGUAUUCUUCAUUUUUAUAGAUGGUAAUAUAUUACACUUAAUAUUUUUAGGAUUGUAAGCUAUAAUUUCUGGUUUAGUAAGAGCAGUAGGUAGAGAAUCCAGUGCCUCUAUAACAUUUAUAUUUUGUUAUUUGGUUUUAGGUGAAGUUGUGGGAUACUUUUUAUGUUAUCCUUUGAAUUUGAAACUAAAAGGUAUAUGGAUUGGUAUGACAGUUGGAGCUUUAACUUAUGAUAUUAUACAAUUUAUAAAUUUAAUUUGGAAAGAUUGGAAUGAACAAGCUGAAUUAAUUGAAAAAAAAAUUGAAGCUUUGCAUCGUUUAUAGAUCUAAUUGUUAUAGACUGAAGAAGAAAUAUGA